CUGACAACUGAAGACGAAGCACUCUCCACAGUCAGAUCCAGAUUGACUCAUCCCUGCAUCAUGAAGUUUGCCGUAUUACUUGUGGUCUACACUGCCAUCAUAUGUACCAAUGUGCGCGAUUCAGUUCAACAAUGGGAUACAACUCCACACACCUAUGUGACUUCUCGAAUAGUUUACGGUGUUAAUGCUGUGUGUGAUGGAGCAUGGACCGACUGGAUUAAUCUGGAUGGCCCUGGCGGAGCAGGAGAUGAAGAAUAUCUGUCUGAAGCAGCUGCCCAAGGACUAGUUUGCAGUAGUCCUACUGCAAUACAAGCACAGACCGUAAAUGGCAUCCCCGCAGAACAGACUGGUCAAUUUAUAUUUAAUCAUAACCCAUAUAUCGGAUUCAAUUGUAUAAAUAAUCACCAAACUCAGCCUCCAUGCCUUGACUAUAAGGUCAGAUACUGCUGCUAAGCUUAUCGCCAUCAAUGCAGUUGACCGAUACCAACGCAGUUCGUGGAAGUCCGCCAAUCAGCUAUAUGCUUGCUGCAAUAUGCUAAAUGGAAAUACAUAAAAUAUAAUCCUCCUCCUAAUUAACAUUUGUCUUCGCUAAUAGUGCAUGUAUAGAAUCAAUAAUAUAUUGGAUGACACAUGUAUUACAUGUUCAAUGUAUCUUUUUCGAAGGUGCUUACCACAAAUAAAGUAGUGUGACAUACUGCAUUUGCUAUUGUAUUUAGUUAGUAAAGAAUUGUAGGCA